AUGCUCACAUCCGGGCCCGUUCUACUGGCUUUAUCAAGCUUGAUUUCAGUUGUGACGGCAGACUGGCAAUUCCGAUCACGGCCUGACUUGUCCGCUCCUCGUCUAAAUAUCACGGUGCCCUCCAAGGCGGGGGAAGUUGAAAACGGAUUCAUCUUCAUCGCUCCAUACGGAGGAUUUGCGGAUAGCCAUAAAGGCCCCGUCCAGCCUGGGGCGUACAUAUACAGAGACGAUGGAGAGUUGGUGUGGUCUGGAGUUGGAUACCACGCCGGCUGGGUUGCCAACUUCCGGCCUGAUGUUUGGGACGGAAAACCCCAUCUCCGAGCGUUUCAAGGCCAACUUGACCAUCUCCAUGGACCCCACGAGUUUCGCAUCGUCGACGGCAAGACAGCUUUAAUCGAGACGCCAAUUCCGAGGCCAAUUUCGCUCAAGCCAUGGGGAGGCGAUGACGAACAAACCUGGAUUUUAUCUGCUGGUUUCCAGGGUAAUGAUAAACCCCACCGAUGGAUAAUGAUUGUCGCAUUGACGUACCGAUGGCUGAUGCGAAGUGUAGAGGUUGACAUUGAGACUGGAGAGGUCUUAUUCGAGUGGCAGAGCCUAGACCACGUUGACCCAAAGUAUUCCGCCUUCCCUCUAGAUUCUGGAGAAGGUGUUCCCGGAAGUGGUCGAAGUGAGAGCGACGCCUGGAAUUACUUCCACAUCAACAGUGUCGACAAAGAUGAUCAAGGAAACUACCUCUUAUCGGCACGUCACAUUGCGGCACUCUUUAAGAUUAACGGUACAAAUGGAGACGUCAUCUGGCAGUUAGGUGGACUUCACGGUGGCUCGUCAUUCAGCAUUUCCGAGGAAGAUCGUUUUGCAUUCCAACAUGACGCCCGGUUCCACGGCCGCUCGAACGAUGAAACGAUAGAGAUCUUGUCGCUAUUUGAUAAUGGAGCUUACUCUUCAGAGGUCAAAACGAAUUCGUUCUCGCGAGCCCGCAUCAUCCAACUGAACCACACGGCCAAAACUGCAACCGCCCUCCACACGUUCGACGCGCCGGAUGGCCUGUCGGCUCGGACUCAAGGAAACGCUCAACUUCUGCCAAACGGCAACGUUUUUGUCAACUGGGGAGAAGCGGGAGCGGUAACUGAGUUUGACCGAAGUGGAUCUGUCUUAUUCCACAGUUAUCUUGACUCUGCGCCGGAGGGCGUUCUUGUCCAGAGUUAUCGUGGCUUCAGAGCCAAUUGGACGGGGACUCCAUCCGAAGAGCCGGCCGUUGUCGUAUCCAACGAAGAUAAUAGCAAAGACCUUGAGGUCUUCGUCUCAUGGAACGGCGACACUGAAACUACGUUGUGGCAAUUUCAUGGCCACACCUCGGUUAACUCACAACCGGAACUACUCGGCGAGGUGCCCCGAAACGGCUUCGAGACUCACUCAAUACUGGUUGGAGCGGCGGACCGGGGCGUGUGGUAUGUGUCAGCCGUAGCCCUGGAUGGAAAUGGUGCCAUCUUAAGGCGCACCAAAGCCGUUCCUAUCUCUGCAGAUAGUGGUCACCCGAGCCACUUUCUUGACCAGGGGCGGCUGGUCGAGCGGCAAGGGGAGCUGUGA